AGUGGAAAUUUUGACAUUCAUGGAAAUAUGAAUUUGCCUAAAUAUUUGUAACGUAUCAGAAAGUUUCCUCUGGCUUUACUUUACUUACUCGAGGAGAGAGAAAUCUCUUCUCGUCAAAGUUCUAGAUCUUUCUCUUGAGUUUUUCUCCGCCGAUUUCGUCUCUUUAAGCCAUGGAAUUGCCCCCAAAAGUGAAAAACAUCUUGCUUCUGGAUGCUGAAGGAAAGCGUAUAGCGGUUAAGUAUUACUCAGAUGACUGGCCAACAAAUACAGCAAAGGAAGCUUUCGAAAAAGCUGUCUUCACAAAGACUCAAAAAACGAAUGCCAGGACUGAAGUGGAAGUGACAGCACUGGAGAACAACAUUAUAGUGUACAAAUUUGCGCAAGACCUUCAUUUCUUUGUUACGGGAGGUGAAGAGGAAAACGAGCUUGUCUUAGCCAGUGUGCUUCAGGGACUCUUUGAUGCAGUGAACCUCCUCCUUAGAGGAAAUGUUGAUAAGAGGGAGGCAUUGGACAACCUUGACCUCAUCUUUUUAUGCUUCGACGAAAUUAUAGAUGGAGGUAUUGUUCUGGAGACGGAUGCGAAUGUGAUUGCAGGAAAAGCAGGGAUCAAUAGCGUUGACCCUAAUGCUCCUCUAUCCGAGCAGACGAUAAGUCAGGCACUAGCGACUGCAAGAGAGCAUUUCACAAAGUCACUUCUGAAAUGAUGUGUGUGUGUUGCUGUUUGGUUGGUUGCUUGUUGUUGUUGUUGUUGUCAUUGUCUCGAUAUGAAGCGAAACUGUGAAUGUGUGUUUCGUCCAUUUGUUAGGCCAUCUCCAUUGCUGAUCCCAAAAAGGUAUCAUAGCAAUUGUUUAAUUUUUUUUUUUCUCGGAACAGUGAAGAACCUGAAUCCAAAAGUGAGCUCUAUCCCUGAACCAAUGAAAUUGGGUUCAUACGAAUAAAAUAAUAUUUUUUUUUUGAUUU